GGCGCGUGCACAGAGCGAGAAGCACGGCGCGAGCGAACGCAACGUAACGCACAGUGACCCGGCGACCUUCACCCUUGUCAGCAGGGGCCGCAACUACUGCUCGUGUCACCUGGUGUCAGACGUGAUAGUCGAGACCUUCUUCACCAUGUUCAAACGUUUGUAGAAAAUAACCUUUAUUAUCAUCGUCGUUGACGACUUGGUUGUGUAAGGGGGGAGCAGGAUGGCAGAUUUAUUAAACAGAUGCAUUAAAUGCAAAUGCAGUUUAGCAGCAGCAGACAAAACAUCUCGCCUGCUACCAUGCCUGCACACGAUGUGCGACGACUGUGUGUCAGGCCGGACAGAGGUGGUCGAGAAAAGCAGACGACUCAAAGAGGAAAAGGUUAAGGAUGAACAAGAGAAGGAAGUAGAGGAAAAAAGUGAAACGAAAGAACAAGAGGAAAAGGAUGUAAGUGCAGCGGAUGCACAGAACAGUUCGGAAUCGCCGAAAGAAGAAGAAGAAUCGAUACAGACGAUAGCUGAAGCGGCUCCGACUGAGGAAGAGUCUCUGGAGAAAAUCCAAGAAGAGCCUAGUACUAAGGCUGCUGCCCCAGUGCAAACACCACCUGAUCCUGUCCCUCUUACAGAGUGUCCUGUCUGUCGAGAGCCAUUCAAUGCUGAUAGUCUUAUUGAGAAUGUGUUUGUGCGCAAACACGUUGCUGGAACAGAGGAUGGAACAGAAGGGGAUCAGUUGUGCACAGGAUGUGAGUCUCACCCCUCAACAUCUUACUGCCUUCAGUGUGAUGAUUGGCUUUGCAACGACUGUGUGGAUGCACACAAGAGAGUACGGAUGACCAAGGACCACCAACUUACCUCACGAGAAGAAGCUGCUGACAAAGGGAGUGGAGUUUCCCCAAACGAGAUUAGUAUGUUGUGCCGAUCACACCCAAAGGAAAAACUGACCUUGUUUUGUGACAAGUGUGAAGUCCUUACUUGUCGUGACUGUCAGCUUUUGCACCACCAAGAACACAAAUACCACUUCCUGCAAGAAGCUGCAGAUUCUUAUAAAGCAAAAUUGACUGGGAGCUUGUCGCUAAUGAAGGAACGAAGAGACACCCUAAAGCAUUAUCAGACGGAAAUCGAAGAGCGUCUGAGCAAGGUGAAACGAGAAAAAGGAGACCUUCAGCAGGAAGUGCUUCGUCAGGCAGACUUAAUUGUGAAAGCUGUCAGAACUGCAGUCUGGUCUGUUUUAAGUUCUCUUCAUUCUUUUACUGACGCUGCCGCAAAGCGGUUGUCCAGAGAAGUUGGGGAUGUUGGCGAUUUGGUUGGGAAAUUUGAUCACUGCAUUGGUUUUAUGGAAGCGAUACUGGAAGAUGGACUAGGCCUUCCUUUGCUUUUCUCCAAGAGCAUUGUAGAGAGUAAAUGCCGUAAGGUUUACCAUACCCAAAUGGAACCUCAAUCUCUGAAAGGACAGUUAAAUAUCAAGUACAGGCAUGAUGUGCAAGCUGUUGUGCGCUCCCUAACAAACAUAGGUGCCAUCUAUGUUAAUGGCACCAAAUACCCUCCUGAGAAACCAAACUCUCCAGCUUCAACCCAGUCUGCUGUGCCAAGUGCUCCCAAUGCCGGGGCAGUGUAUCGUGGUGGCCAAGGAAAUAUGGUAGUUGUUGGAGGAACAGCACCUGCAAACUUGCCACCACAUGUUGCACAGGUGGCGCAGGAACGUAAUCUUUACAUGCAAAUGAUGAUGGGCAGACCACCACACUCUGUGCCAAAUGCUCAGGGCCCAACACUGUCUCUGCCUGGAUCCCGCAGAAUAGGACCUUCACCACGGGUCUGGCCAACCCAUGAUGGGCAGGUUGGGAUGAUGAACAGUCAACCAGGUGUGAUGAACAGCAUGAUCAUGGGUCAAGGACAACCGGGACAUCCUCAGCAGAUGAUGUCCCCAAGGACCAACUUCACUCCCAUGCGCUUACAUCACCGUCCUGUGGACCAGACUCAUCUUCCAUCUGCACCUCCCAUGAUGUUGGGUUCUCAGCUUCGACCUCAGCAAACACAUGGUGUUCCGAUGGGUCCCACUCUUCUGCCUGCUCCUCCACCACUGCAGAAUCCACAGACUCAGUACAGAGGUGCUGCAGAUGGUUCUCACAGUAACAGCGGAGGCCAAGCUGCUAUAGGUGUUCGUCGUGCAAACACACUGGACAGCCCUGAUCCAGCUCGGCCAGCGUCAGCCGGCCAAAGUGGCCUUCACAUCCCAGAACGGCCACUAUCUGCUCAGAGUGAUGGAGCAGCUUCAAGCAGUGGAAUCAAGGUAAAGUCUGAACCAAGUGAUAAUGGAGACUGUGUCAUCACCUCAGCAGUCUUUAAAGGGGAAAAAUCUUCAAUGAUUGGCACAGGCAGUCUUGGGGAGAUGCAGAGGAAUCUCGAUGAGGUGAUUCGUGGAGUGCCAAUGGAUCUAGGGGAUAACUUGGAGCCUAUAAAUGGAAGUUUAUCUCCAAACACUAGUAGGACUGUAACUCCUACAACUUCCCCGCCACCUUUGGUGGCUUCAUCUACCAUUUCCUCUCCACAUUUAUCCACUACUAAUUCUACAAACAGUGAAAUCAGUGCUGGAGACAAGUCAAACAGUGUUUCAGCAGCUGAUGAUUCUAUAAAGGAUGGAGAUAAAGAGAGUGAAGAUGGCUUUGAAGCCACAGGACCUGAAGUGCAUGGAUAUGCAACAGGAAACAGUAUGCCAGGAUUUACUCUUCCAGCAGGAGACGCUGCUGAUCCCAAUGAUGAUUACUGUGCAGCAUGCCAUCAGGGUGGAGAUGUUUUGUGCUGCGACCAGUGUCCGAGAGUGUUUCACCUUCAGUGCCAUGUUCCUGUCCUCAGCUCUGUUCCAAAUGGAACAUUUGUAUGUACACUGUGUGAGGAGGGCAUGGUGCUGGAAGGGGGAGAAGAGGGUUCAGUUGAGAUGCUCAGCAAGCGCAAGGCCCCUACGGGGCUCUCCGAUCGUGAGCUUAAGGUGUGCGAGCGGAUUUUGCUUGAACUCUUUUGCCAUGCAUCCAGCGUGCCCUUCCAUGAACCUGUCAAUCGUGCUGUACCAAAUUAUUACAAGAUCAUCACAAAUCCCAUGGACUUUUCUACCAUAAAAUGCAAGCUGUCACGGAGCCAUUUUAACCACUAUAUCUGUCCAGAAGACUUCUUGAAGGAUAUUAAGCUGGUUUUCAAAAAUUGUGCAGUGUAUAAUGCAGAAACUUCUGAGGUUGGUAAAGCAGGCAAGAUUGUCAGUGCCUUUUUUGAACGUCUAGUCAGUAAACACAUGCCUCAUUAUUGCCAAUUGCUAUCCAUGCAAGAAGGUUCUGGAACAACUUAUGGUGAGCCUUCAGCCAAAAAGCGUAAGACUACACCACCACCUCCCUCUGUUGCAGAAAAAACAGGAGGCAGUGAGCCAGUACACAUUCAUUAGUAGUUUUCUUGCAUCAGGAUAACAAAAGGGAGAGAAGCAGAAUUAACAGACGACAUAGUACACAAAAGUCAGCGCAGUAUUGAAAAUAUCAUGUGCUAGUCUUGUACAUUCCUUAGGCUUUGCUUGUUGUUAGACCAAGUUCAUGGCACCAAGGUUCCUGUGUUGGUCUUUCAAUCAGGUGGUGAUGGUCCAACAUCUGUAUGUUAUCUCCCUUUGUAUAGAUUUGAAAAAAAUUCAAAUGAAUUGCAUGGAGAAAAAAAAUAGUUACGCUCUGACCACUACAGAACGUGAUUACAAACAUCAGGUUUUAUGAAAGAUCAUGCAUGCUGUUAAAACUGUGGAUAUGCUGGAGUUGGUGUAAUGUUCACAUUACAAUGAAUGAAUCAAAAUGCAGCUUUGCGACCACCCUCAUGCAAGUAACAUGAUUGUCCUCUUUGAUUAUUAUUCUAGAGGAUGGGAGCUGCAAAGAGUAACCAUGAAACUAUUUGUGUGCUUUUAUGCAGAUACAUUUGCCCUAUCUUUUAACAUUUUUUUAGUGAGAAAAAUGUUCAUGGAAAGCUUAUUUCUUUCCUGCAAUCUUUGAACAGUAUAGGUUCUUAAUUUAUCUAUAUCCAUGUUUAACUAGUUUAUAACUGAACUGAAGGUUUUGAAAAAAAAUUUUCUUAAGCUCUUA